CAAAUGGUCCUAAAAUAUCAUAAUCACAGAUUAUUUUAUGAACAUUUGAAAUAUAUCACACUGAAUUAUUACAAAGCCAUAUUUUUAUUUGUGUCCCCCUGAAUUCGAUCAUGGCAACAGGCCUCUGUAACAUGAGCUUGUGUUUAGGGAGAUGAUGGGGUCACCCGAUCUCGUCUCACAAUGACACAACUUCUCAGUGCUCCCCUGCUCAGGUGUCCCACUUUAUCACAAAGUGUCUGUGUCUGUAAGAAGGAGACAAAUGAAGACCAAAAAUGUUCUACAGAAAACUGAAAUGUUUCAAGCUAGUCGGACCAAAUGGAUUUCAUAACUCAAUUAGAUCAAUAUAAAUUUGAAAUUAUAUAUUUAAGAUUUUUAAAAUGAAUUUAUGAAGUAAGAAAUGGCAAAUUUAGAGGAGUUGGAGUCUACCACAGGUGUUGAGGUUGAGGCUGAUGUAAAUGGAGAAUCCAUAGCCAACACAGAGAGCACCUAUUUAGAUUCACAGGGGACAGUGGAGCACAUUGUUUCCGAUAGAAUAGAGGUAGUCUCUGUAACAGAGGAUGACAUUCCUGCUAUCGAUACAACAAACACGCUCAACGUCAGUCCUCUUGACUCUCCAAGUGCCAGUACUGCACCUGACAGCAACAUUGUCAAACCAGCUUUUGAAGACACAUCAGAAAUCCAAAUAAAUGCCUCGACCCAGCCCAGCUCCUCAAUGCCAGUAACCAAAGUCCAGCCCUUUGCUACAGCUGAGGAGAAAACACUGCGUGGAAGUCUGUAUGCACGUCGGAUGGAAAUACUUAUUGGGGCGUGUGUAAUUCUCAUCCUCAUCUUUGUGCUUGCCGUUGGACUGGGAGUGGGAUUGAGUUGUAUGGGAAAGUUUCGGUGUGGUUCCUAUGGAUGCGUCAGCAUGUCUGCGCAGUGUGAUGGCCAUGUAGACUGUGAACAUGGAGAAGAUGAGCUCAGCUGUGGCAAGUUAAGAAAAUAUCCAUGGAUUACUGUUCUUGAAUACUGUUGUUACUAUAAAACUAACGUGUGUGUGUGUGUGUGUGUGUGUGUCAAUGCAGUGCGUUUGAGUGGUAAGAGCUCUGUACUUCAGGUCCUUACUGAAGGGGUCUGGAAAACUGUUUGUGCUGAUGGCUGGGACUCUGAUCUUUCCCUCUCUGCUUGCAAACAGCUCGGCUAUUCCAGAUAUGUGGAGUCAAAGUCCCAUCCUCUGUCUUCUAUUGAACAGGACUUCCAAAAAAACCUUGUGUCAAUAAGUGCGAACUACACAAACACCAAGCAGGUCAUCAAGAUACACAGCAUAACUAAUAUCAGUAAAUCCCAGUGCAGUUUGGGGGGGGUUAUAACACUGAAGUGUUUAGCAUGUGGUUCCAGACCUCAGUUCAGUGCUCGUAUAGUUGGUGGAAAUCUGUCAAUUGAGGGCCAGUUUCCAUGGCAGGUCAGCUUACAUUUUAAAAAUGAGCACCUGUGUGGAGGCUCCAUUAUAUCAUCUUACUGGAUGCUGACUGCUGCACAUUGUGUGUACGGGUUUGCAUUUCCUACUUUUUGGUCAGUCUAUGUUGGAUUAACAGAACAGCCAGUGAAUGGUGCGAAAGCACUUGCAGUAGAGAAGAUUAUAUAUCAUGGUCGCUAUAGACCCAGAGGCUUGGACUAUGACAUUGCUCUACUUAAACUGGAGCAGCCUCUCAACUUCAAUGGUAUUGUCGAGCCUAUAUGUCUACCAAACUUUGGCGAGGAAUUUGAAGAUGGCAAGAUGUGCUGGAUCUCAGGUUGGGGAGCCACUGAGGAUGGGGGUGAAGCAAGUGUGUCAAUGCAUUCAGCAACAGUACCACUGAUCUCCACCAAGGCCUGCACUCAGCCGGAUGUUUACCAAGGUUACAUAUCUCCAUACAUGAUAUGUGCGGGGUACCUAGAGGGCGGAACAGACUCCUGCCAGGGUGACAGCGGUGGUCCGCUGGCUUGCGAGGAUUCCUCUAUCUGGAAAUUAGUAGGGGCCACGAGCUGGGGCGAAGGGUGCGCAGAAAAGAACAAACCUGGCGUUUACACACGCAUCACACAGUCCCUAACUUGGAUACAUAUGCAGAUGGAGAGAGAAGAAAUGAUAACUCCUGCAACUACCAGCUAUGAUUAUUUAAACAACUAUGUUUAGUUUUUAAAUACACAUUAAUAACUAAAUUCUGUAAUUACAUGCAAGACAUUAAAUAAUUGUCAAGUGCAUUCAAAC